AUGCUCUUAAGGAGAAGUCCAUGUUUACUCCUAAUCUUAAUAGCACAGAUCUCCUGGUUUAAAAAUAGCCUGGUCCUUUCCCAGCUUAUGCCAGAGAGCUAUACUAUUAAUCCCAUGAAUUCAAAUGCUACAUUAGCUCAAGGUGCAUGGGGAAUGGACAUCAAAAUUGAUGAUUUAGCAAACCAACCCAGAUAUGACCUCUCUUUAUGGUCUACUAUUGGGUUCCCAGCACUUUUAACACCCUGUUCUUAUAUGUACCCAAUAGUGAUUAGUCUAAAGAACAUCAACCAUAUUUUUGAAAGUAAUCCAAUCUCAUUUUCGUGCAACCAUGCAGGAUUAACCGGACCAAUAUGGAUUUCCACAGCUUUUGGAUCUAUCUCUGUUAACCAAACCUCAAGCUAUUAUGUUGCAUGUAACAUCAUUGUAGACUAUUUAAACGGUUUUGAGCCAACCAUGCUCCAGUCAACUUCAGCCACAAACUUUACCUUCCUCAUUCCAGGAACCUUAAUUGGAGAGGCCCUUGAAAGUAUUGUAGAAGAAGGGUUUUCAACGGCCCCUUCUCCUGAUCCAGUUCUCACAUGGCUCCAGCAACAUUACUAUAGUGAAAACUGGGUAAAUGUCGCAAGUAUCCUUAACCUGGCCAAUUCUUUCUCAGAUAUGGUGGUCCUUCCCUUCAAAUAUAAAGUGGAGCUCCCUUCUGAAGUCCUUUCUGGAAGCUCAAUCCAAGGUUCUAAUCCCCCAGAUCACUCAUACGUUGACCUCUUUAAUAUGACUCUCUCCUAUGGAAGAUACGACCCUGAUUUGUCCUCUAGUCUUUGGCAACCAAAAGAAAGAUAUGCAGGUUUUCAGCCUCCAGUUAUAAACUCUGCUCAGGGAGCCUUUAUUAACAUCCAAAAUAAUGUUACCAUUCAUGAAUAUAAUUCUGCUGUACCUUUUGGAUGGACAAACGUACCACUAGGUGUCUCACCAAUUAGAGUGGUUAUGCCAUCCAAUCUUCCGUCUAAUAGCAGCUCAAGUUGUAUGAGUAAUUAUCUUUUUUACUAUCCAAUGGACCCUUUUUGGAAUACCGUAAGUAAUAGCUCAACCCCAUUCAAUAUUUCUUAUCUAAAGGAUUCAUCCCCAAGAAAGUUUAUUUCAAAAUACUCAAAGAAUGACUCCAUUAUUUCUAGAAAUAACGUACUUUCCAGUAUGUACUUCUCUAAAAGACCAUUCUUGAACACAAAGGAUUAUCCUGGACAGCUCCAAAAUACUCUCUCAACCUAUCUUACAUUUGCAAAUAAUUUUCUUGGAGGCUGCUACUAUAAUGGGACAUUCCCAUAUUCCCCUGAGCCCUCUUAUACCGGUGUGCAUGCAGGUGUGGGGUUAUGUGGAACACACCUCAGAAACUCAAAUACUCAGUUUAAAUCACCAUUUUACCUUCCUCCAAUCAAAUAUCUUUCAGGUCCUUCUCCCAUAAAUUACUUUUUUGUCCUGACAUCACUAGUCCAAUAUGUUAGCUAUACCCAUCAAGGAACCUUUAGGUCAGAUAUAUAUGAUGAGACACGAACAUAUAAGAGAAUAUACCCUGGAAAUGGCCUUCUUCAUUCUCUUUUACUUGCAACAGUCUCAAACCAACCUUUUAUCCUUUACAGUUUGCCUUCCUUUGUAAAUCAAGACACCUCAGUUGAUCUAGGAAGUGAAUUCUAUCAGUUUGGUGAAAGGUAUGUUAACAGAAACUAUGGUAAUUAUGCAUUACCUGGCUCCGGAAUGACUUGUAGAGCUGCCAGAUUUGUUCCAAUGAAAAGAGAUAUGUACUCACUUAAAACAGCUUGGCAAUGCAAAACUAAGAAAAAUGCCUCUGCUAAUACUUGGUCAAAUAUGAUUGAAGUUCCUAGGGAGGAGAUUACAUCAUGUAAGCUCAACAAUGAAUUUGUAACAUGCUUAAAUACUGCAGACAGCCAAAAUCAAUUCAUAGGAAUGGUAAACACCUCCCCAAAGGAGCAUGUAACAGUUUUGAAAGGAUCAUCUUUCAAAACAAAUGAUUAUCUUGCUGUAACUGUGACCAUAUUUACAGAUACAAUUGCUUAUACAAGCCCUAGUAAAGGUAUUUCAGUUAAGCUUUUUUCUCCACCAAUUUCAGGCUUUGUUUCCCCAGAAUACUGCUCCAAGAUCCCAAUGAUCCCAAUGAUUCCCACAACUGUUCAGCAAGUUUUUAUUAUUUACCCCACAGUAAAAGCUUGGGAUCAUCUUCACAACACAAAGUAUUCAUUCUUGAUACCUUUUAACAAAGGCCUCCAGAUCAGACACAAAGUAGUCCUGGGGAAUACCUCAGGGGUAAGUAUUAACAAGGAAUUCUAUGUUUCAGCAUAUCUCUACUGCGAGUCUCUGAGAAGAAUUUCUGGUACUCCCAGUCUUUCCAAGGUUUCAAUUGCUGAUUUCUCAAAUUUGGGUGGAUCUAUGAUCAUAACUACCAAGUUUCCAGCUCUUCAAAACUCAAAGUUUUCGAACUGUAUACACGAGCUAAUUAUAUCGGAAUCAAACUCUCCCAGCACAAUUUCUGUCUCUUACGAAGCUCUAAUCCAAAGUAAUCCAAAUCCAAUCGCAAAUGAGUUCGUAUCUAUAGAAUUUGGAGCUGUGGACUUUCCUCCAACCGUUGGGAAGCUCUCACUUUAUCAACCAGACGAAGAAGGAGCAUCCAUUGGAGAUUCAAUUUUCCUCACACUUAGUAAUCUUGCUUUUUCAAAUAAUGAACAAGAUGAUGGUUUCUCUAGCUUUGGAAUUAUCGCAUCUUCAUCCCAAAUCAUUGGACAGAACUCCACUGUAAUCCUACUCGGAGAUUCCUUAACCCAGCUUCCUCCUUCUAUAAGGCUCCCAGCAACCAGCAAAGAAUGGUUCGUGUAUGUUAGAGCCCAAACUGUGACAUUCUCUGGCUGUUAUAUACCUUGCCAGUUUCCAUUAAAGGACUCCUUCUAUUCUCAUUGGUGUUCAAAUGAUUUGAGUCUUUUGAAUGCUUUCCCUUGUCCAUUCUCCAAGGUUUCAAUGAAGAAUGAGGAUUCCAAAUUAGAAAUUGAAGAUGCAAUAGCUGUGGUUACUCAUCCCCUGGCUUAUACAUCACCAAUAGAGACAAUCCAAAUGGUAAGUGCCCUUUUCGAGCAAAGUAAGGAUAAUCAGAUGGUUUGGAAAAAUUACUUUGAAUCAAUUUACUCUACAACUUUUGAGCUACAGAAUGUCCCUAGAGCCUAUGAUUUUGCUUCUUUCAAACUUAUAUCUCUGGACAUCCUUAGAAAGAUUUCCAAAGUUGCUUAUGAUAAUCCCACACUUAAUCUGGAUAUCUUAAGACCCUUUGAGAUCUUUAUGAAUAUCACCUUAAAUGCAGAAUGUACCAGUAGUCCUGGUGUUUCAAGUCUUGUUUUAGAGACUUUGGACAUGUUAAUUGCUAGUAAUGGGUGGAAAAGAAUACUCCAAGACAGGAAUCUUGGGACAAUCGUCUCACAUAUGGUUGAGGCAGUAGCAAACAGAUUUUCAUUUUGGACCUUUAAUGAAGACUCUUUGGACUGGAAAGGAACAGAAAGUGGUCUCUCAUUUUCCAUAGUUACUCUAGAUGAAGUAUAUACGAGAAAAUCAAUAAACUUGAACGGUAUGGCAAUUUCAGGUUUCAAAUUUAGUGAGAUCAAAAGACUAUCUCCUGUUGAAUCUAUCUAUUUCCACGCAUAUCCUGAAGAAUAUGACUCAGAAAUGCUUGAGUUUGCUUCAACAAGCUGCCCAAAUGUAUCAGCCACAAUCUCUAGUUAUACUUAUCCAAGAAAAGAGAUUUCUAAUAUGUUAAUAGAAAAUGCUAUCAGAAAGAUUUCAAGGCCUAUUCCUAUAGGAGGAGGAGCUCUUUAUCUGUGUUCAAUAGAUUACUAUGCAUAUGGAAUUCCAACAGUAACAUUUUCUCUUCCCCUUUCUUUUGAGAUACCAGUAAAUAUGACAGAAAUAGGGUGUUCAAUGUUAAGUGAUUCAGUUUGGAGAGAAGAUCUUUGCACUAGUAAUAUUUCUCCAAGCAAACAGGAAAGUAAGCAAUUUGUAGUGGAGUGUUCAUGCCAAGGAUUGGCUCCUUAUGCAUUGAUUGCAACAGUAAAUUCUACGGAGAUAGACAAUGGUAAUUUUGGAGACUCAAAUGGAAAUAAUGGAAGAGCUCCAAUACCUCCAAUGAAUAACAGAUGGGAUGGAAUUUCAGGAAACCUUACUAAUCUUGGUAUUUCUAAGGAUUUGGCUUUAGAACUAAUUAAUUCAUCUUAUUCUGGUUUUAUUUAUUUGGAUGAAAAGAUGAGGACAUCCUAUAUACCUCCAAAAGCUCAAAAGGCGCUUGAGGGAUCUCAAGGUAUUGCUGGACUAUACACUGAAAUGGGAAGAUCUGAAUAUAUUACAAAUGUAAGCUCUACUUGGGGACUUAAUGCUGGUGAAGCCUGGUUCAACUCUUCAGUAGCUAAAGGUGGAGAUGCUAAUGUUGAGAGUUUUCUCUCUUGGGAACCUAUAAAUAAUACAAAGAAAAACAAUUAA